ACCUAAAAGCAGGAUGAGAAACAGUGCUGGAAAAUCCCUCUGCAGUUUUCAUUUCAACUUUGCUAGUAAGUCAUUGGUAGUGAAAGCAAAACCUGUUUUGAACCUGCUCCACUGUCGGGACCACGUCAGUUUGAGGUCAGAGGCUUGCCUUAUCAGGACUCUGCAUCUUGACUGUUGGGCUUUUUGAGCCUUCAGUGCAAGGCGUGAGCUAGUCCCUCCGCUCAUUGCUCCACUCAUGGCUGUGUUGGCAGUUAGGCUAGGAUCGUCUUGGUUCCAGCAACUGUGUUUACCGCCUGCUUCAAUGUAGAACAACAGAUGACCACAGUGCCUUGCGUUUUCCACCCGGAUCGAUCACAACUAGAAGAAGCAGUUUGUGACCUAAUUUCUUCGUGAUAAACCAUGGAUGUGAUGAAUGUAACUACCGUAUCAAAUGGCUCAAGUGUGGUGAUGCCUGCCACAGAGCAAGUCUGCGACGCCCACUGCAGAGCAAUUCUGACAACAGCCUAUAGUGUUGUCUUAUUCGGAGGCACCGUUGGUACAGUCAUGAUGACACACUUGAUGUUCAAGAGGAAUAGCCAAUCAGCGAUUGCCACGAUCAUCAUUAAUAUCAUUGUGUUGCACUCCCUUCUCCUGAUUAGUCUGCCAUUCCGCCUCAGCUACUAUCUCUCAGCAGUCUGGAAGCUUGGGUCUUUUACCUGCCGGAUGGUUAGUGCUGUUAUAUAUGCUCAUAUGUACCUUACCUUUGUUUUUUAUGUGGCCAUUGUUAUUCUUCGGUUGCUCAUCUAUUUUAAGAAACUCCAAACACAACAGUUACAAAAGUUCCAUGCAGUGGCUCUAAGUACUAUUAUUUGGAUGGCUGGAAGUUUCAUCUUUUUACUGAUAUUUUUUUUACAGUAUGGCACAGAUCCAAGUCAUACAGAGCAACAACGUUGCUUUGAGUUUCAUAGAUCUCUCAACUGCAGGGACAUCAUCAUCAUAAACUACUCUAUAAUUGCCAUUAUGAUGACAACAGUUCUGGUCCUCUUUCUGAUAGAGCUGGUUGUCAUUCUUCGUUUGAUAAAAGCCUAUUGGCCUGAUAUGUGGGCCCAUCAAGAGUACAGAGCUCAAAUCAAAAGUUUUUUCUUCCUGUUGGUCAUAGUUGUCUGUUUUAUACCCCACCAUGCAUUCAGGGUAUAUUUUAUUCAAAAUUAUCCAGAGCAAGAAAAUUCUAAGUUAAUACUAUACAAUGAAAUCUGUGUUGCUUUAACAGCCUUCUGCUGCCUGGAUAUGUUAUGUUUCGUAGGUGGUGUCAUCCAUUAGACCUCCCCAUGCUUUCUGUGAUUGGUUGAUGAAAAACACUUCAGUUGAAUAGAUGGAGUGCUCUUAUCAUAUUUAAACAUUUCAAACUCUCUGCUUCUGAACAUCAGAUUGCUUUAUUUCUCUUAGCCAAAAUUGAUUUCUUACAAAACCUUAAUCAACCCUAGUCAUGUGCUUUUCCUUUGAGAAUGCUUACAGGCCCCAAAUGUAUCCCAGAAUAUGUUGGAUUUCUUAGCUGUACCAAACACACCAUUACUUUCUCUUUCCAUUUCAUUCGGUAUUUACUUCAGCCAAGCACAUCUAUUAGUUCUCCACACACUCCUGAGGAUUUUAGUCUACCAAGUUUUUCUCUGUGCUUGUUCCCCCCAUUCCUGUCCACCAAAAUUUAGAUAAACUAUAGUUAUAAAUGGGGCUCUAAAAUAGCCUUAAUCCAUUCAAAUUGAGAUUUCCUGACGGUAUUGGUAUUGGGAAGAGAGGAUUAUCUUGAACAGAGUGGUCAAGAGAGUUAGAGGAGACUUACAAGAGACUGGGCAUUGAUGUGUUCUAUCCUGAUGAAGGCACAGAAGAGACUUGGAAACCAGAGGUUACCUCCUGAUCUACCUUCAGUACAAAGCAGUAAAAGACAUUGAAAAUGACAAAAAAAUAAAGCCAAACCAACCAAACCAAAACAAACAAAUAAAACAAACAAACAAAAAAAAAAACCAACCCACCACCACCACCACCACCAACAACAACAACAACAACAAAAACUGGACCUGGGCUAAGCUUGCCAACAGAUUCUUUGCCACAACCCUUUGAGGCCAUAUAGAUCCUUUUAUAUUUUUUGAAGACACCCUAUGCUUUUAAGAACCAUCAUAUAAUUAAAAGGAGCACCUGUUCCUGCCACACUCAAUAAAAGUAAUCAAGAUAACUAACUUGGAUUCUGUUUAUAUCAUGUAGAAAUUGUCAUGUACUUAUUCUUUGCUUAUAAUAGCGCAUCCUUAAAGAAUGUUUCUAAUUAAUACAACAAUCAGACAAUUCUCUGGUGAUUAAUAGGUGAACAUAGUUAAUGCAAAUGAAUUUCAGAGUCAUGUGGAGAGCUAACAAGAGAAAGGGGAGAACUCUGUUUAAUAAUCAUUGGACUUUGGGUCAAAUAUUUGCAAUCCUCUCCAUGGGUUCUUUGAAAGAGUAAAAAGCCUGUAGGACUGAGUGUUAGUUCUUUGCUUUCAUAAUUCAGAGACAUCUUAUACAAUACCAUUUUAAGGCAGAGUUGUUAUGGCUUGGAAUCGAGUACAACCUGACAAAGCUCAUGUAUUGAAAGUUUGGUCCUCAUACUGAUGUUCUAGAAAUUCUAGGAAGCAAGACCUACCCAAGAGGAGGUAGGUCAGUGGUUCUUCCUCUCUCAUUUUCUGCUUCUUGUUUCCCAUAGAUGAAGAAGGCCCGUUGCUACACCCCUUCUACACUGAUAUUUUACUCAAGUGUAUAAUGUCAAACUGUGAGAUAAAAUAAAUCCUCCUUUAACUUGUUCUGUUAGUGAUUUGGUUAUAAUAUCAUAAAGCCAUUAAUAAAAAAAUGACUCAUUGUUUCUUGAA